AAUUCUUGAAAAUUUUCUUGCUGUUUUUCAUACCUGAUUGCCUGCCUCUAGCGGUGAUAUAAAUAUAGAAUAUAUGUAAGGAUGCCCCCCAAUAGACUUCCCCUGGAUCUCUACCAGACACGUCCCACUGGGUCGAAGACCCCAGGGCUGGCCCAGGACAUGCUGGCUGGACUAUGUCACUCGGCUGGCCUGGGAAUGCUUGGGAAUUCCCCAGGAUGAGCUAGAGUCUGUCGCCAGGGAAAAGGAGGCCUGGACUGCCCUUCUCAGCAUGCUGCCACCGCGACCCUCACCAGGACAAGCAUUUUAGAAACUAACGAAUAAAGCUGUGAUUCUUCUUGGCCACAGAUAUUACUAUGUGGAUUCAGAAUAUGAACUUAUUUAAAUUACCAUCUCUGCUGGCUUAUACCAUGAAGGCUGUCCUGCCUAUGAUUCAUCCUCUAUCCAACCAGACUUAUUUUGUAUUAGAAGCUUACAGAUCCUGAAGAUGUCAAUAUAGAAUAUAAUCUUGAGUCUCUUUCGCAGGCGAGGCUGCAUUUGUUUGGUCAUGAAUCCCGCAUUCCCAGACACUGCAUGCUCAAGCAUCUUUUGUUUGUCCAUAUAUUAGGGGCUGAACAGGCAUGGCAUUGGCCAGAGGAGAGAUUGGAGGAUGUAGAGGUGAUCGGACCUGCCAAUGACUGGUGCCGGCAGUGUCAAGAUUGGCCUCUGUGAAGGAGGUCCGUGAGAAUUGGUCUGAUGGAGCAAAGGCACUCAGCGCGGCUCGGUAGACAAAGACAACAAUGGGACCAGUAUGCAAACAGCAUGGAUUCUACUGGAAAUUUUACACAGGACCAGAGAUUUCCAAUGGGAGAGAAACCCUUCAAGUGCACUCUGUGUGGGAAGGCAUUUUCAAAUUCAUCUGCUCUUAAAAUACACCAGAGAACACACACAGGAGAAAAACCCUUCCAGUGCACUGUGUGUGAGAAGGCAUUUUCACGUUCAUCUUAUCUUAAAAAACACCAGAGAACACACACAGGAGAGAAACCCUUCAAAUGUAGUGUGUGUGGGAAGGCAUUUUCAAGUUCAUCUUCUUUUAAAAUACACCAGAGAACACACACAGGAGAAAAUGCCUUCAAGUGCACUGUGUGUGAGAAGGCAUUUUCAAGUUCAUGUUAUCUUAAAAUACACCAGAGAACACACACAGGAGAGAAACCCUUCAAUUGUAGUGUGUGUGGGAAGGCAUUUUCAAGUUCAUCUUAUCUUAAAAAACACCAGAGAACACACACAGGAGAGAAACCCUUCAAGUGCACUGUGUGUGGGAAGGCAUUUUCAAGUUCAUGUUAUCUUAAAAUACACCAGAGAACGCACACUGGAGAGAAACCCUUCAGGUGUAGUGUGUGUGGGAAAGCAUUUUCAGAUUUAUCUGCUCUUAAAAAACACCAGAGAACACACACAGGAGAGAAAGCCUUCAAGUGCACUGUGUGUGGGAAGGCAUUUUCAAGUUCAUCUUAUCUUAAAAUACACCAGAGAACACACACAGGAGAUAAACCCUUCAAGUGCACUGUGUGUGGGAAGGCAUUGUCAAGUUCAUUUUAUCUUAAAAAACACCGGAGAACACACACAGGAGAGACACCCUUCAAGUGCACUGUGUGUGGGAAGGCAUUUUCAAGUUCAUUUUAUCUUAAAAAACACCAGAGAACACACACAGGAGAGAAACCCUUCAAGUGCACUGUGUGUGGGAAGGCAUUUUCAAGUUCAUCUUAUCUUCAAAUCCACCAGAGAAUGCACAAAGGAGAGAACCCCUUCAAGUGCAGUGUGUGUGAAAUGGCAUUUUCAUAUUCAUCAAAUCUUAAAAUACACCAGAGAACACACACAGGAGAGAAACCCUUCAAGUGCACUCUGUGCGGGAAGGCAUUUUCAGAUUCAUCUGCUCUUAAAAAACACCAGAGAACACACACAGGAGAGAAACUCUUCAAGUGCACUGUGUGUGUGAAGGCAUUUUCAAGUUCAUUUAAUCUUAAAAAACACCAGAGAACACACACAGGAGAGAAACCCUUCAAGUGCACUGUGUGUGGGAAGGCAUUUGCAUGGGCAUCAGGUUUACAGAUCCACCAGAGAACACACACAGGAGAGAAACCCUUCAAGUGCACUGUGUGUGAGAUGGCAUUUUCACAGUCAUCUAAUCUUACAAUCCACCAGAGAACGCACAACGGAGAGAACCCCUUCAGGUGUAGUGUGUGUGGAAAGGCAUGUUCAAGUUCAUUUUAUCUUAAAAUACACCUGAUAAUACACACAGGAGAGAAACCCUUCAAGUGCAGUGUGUGUGGGAAGGCAUUUUCAAGUUCAUUUUAUCUUAAAAUACACCAGAGAACACACACAGGAGAGAAACCCUUUAGGUGUAGUGUGUGUGGGAAGGCAUUUUCAGAUUCAUCUGCUUUUAAAAAACACCAGAGAACACACACAGGAGAGAAACCCUUCAGGUGUAGUGUUUGUGGGAAGGCAUUUUCAUUUUCAUCUGCUCUUAAAAAACACCAGAGAACACACACAGGAGAGAAACCCUUCAGGUGUAGUAUAUGUGGGAAGGCAUUUUCAUUUUCAUCUGCUCUUAAAAUACACCAGAGAACACACACCGUAGAGAAACCCUUCAAGUGCACUGUGUGUGGGAAGGCAUUUUCAAGUUCAUUUUAUCUUAAAAUACACCAGAGAACACACACAGGAGAGAAACCCUUUAGGUGUAGUGUGUGUGGGAAGGCAUUUUCAGAUUCAUCUGCUUUUAAAAAACACCAGAGAACACACACAGGAGAGAAACCCUUCAGGUGUAGUGUGUGUGGGAAGGCAUUUUCAUUUUCAUCUGCUCUUAAAAAACACCAGAGAACACACACAGGAGAGAAACCCUUCAGGUGUAGUAUAUGUGGGAAGGCAUUUUUAUUUUCAUCUGCUCUUAAAAUACACCAGAGAACACACACCGUAGAGAAACCCUUCAAGUGCACUGUGUGUGGGAAGGCAUUGUCAAGUUCAUUUUAUCUUAAAAAACACCAGAGAACACACACAGGAGAGAAAGCCUUCAAGUGCACUGUGUGUGGGAAGGCAUUUGCACAGUCACCACAGCUUCAUAGCCACCAGAGAACACACACAGGAGAGAAACCCUUCAAGUGCACUGUGUGUGGGAAGGCACUUUCAAGUUCAUCUUAUCUUAAAAUACACCAGAGAACACACACAGGAGAGAAACCCUUCAAGUGCACUGUGUGUGAGAAGGCAUUUGCAUGGACAUCAGGUUUACAGAUCCACCAGAGAACACACACAGGAGAGAAAGCCUUCAGGUGUAGUGUGUGUGGGAAGGCAUUUUCAAGUUCGUCUUAUCUCAAAAUACACCAGAGAAUACAUACAGGAUAUAAACCCUUCAAGUGCAGUGUGUGUGAGAUGGCAUUUUCACAGUCAUCUAAUCUUAAAAUCCACCAGAGAACGCACACAGGAGAGAAACCCUUCAAGUGCAGUGUGUGUGAGAUGGCAUUUUCAAGUUCAUCUUAUCUUAAAACGCACCAGAAAACACACACAGGAGAGAACCCCUUCAAGUGCAGUGUUUGUGAGAUGGCAUUUUCACAGUCAUCAAAUCUUAAAAAGCACCAGAGAACACACACAGGAGAGAAACCCUUCAAGUGCACCCUGUGCGGGAAGGCGUUUGAACAGUCAACACAGCUUAAUACACACCAGAGAACACACAGGCAUCAGAAGACCCCCAAGGAGUGUAGUCUGAAAUCGACUUGUGAAAGUCAAAGUGCUGCAAUGAGCCCAUCCCUCCUGAAAAAAGAACCAGAAGUAAAUUCCAGCUUGGACACUAUGAAAUGUAUCAAGGUGAAAUUUGAAGAGGCGACGGUGAAGAGCGAAGAAGUGACGGUGAAGAGCGAAGAAGUGAAGGUCAAAUGUGAAGAUGAACAUUCAACUCCAAAAUCGGACCUUCACAUCUAUGGAGGCAACGUGAAGCAGGAGGAGAAUUCUGACUGUGAGGCAGAGCGAGGCAACUCCCAGCAGUUUGUGGAAGUGGAGGUGUGGGUGGACUUCUUAGACAAUACAAAGUCAAAUGGAGAACCUGUCCUGUAGAUGUAUAAGCUUGAGACAAUGCAGCUCCAAUAGAUUCACAUUUGUCACAGACCUUUAUUGAAAAGAACGUGAAGUUGAACACUCCAUUCCUAGGUUCAACCUGCAGAGUAAGAGCGGUCAGUAUUUGCGGACAUGUGAGUGGGGUAGAUCUCUAACUAGGAGCGAGAGCCAAUAAGCCCCCAAGCAUUCACUGUUAUACUAAUAUUAGCAUUUAUAUGGUGCUUGCUUAAUCGCCUCAGCAACUCGGAGUUUUGUAUCGUAUCUCAUCACAAACACUCGAAGAGCACGCCUUUUGGAGUCCUCUAGGUUAACACCGUUUGAUACUAGGCUCGAAAGAAAGCUGUCUCUGGUGUGGACCAAUCAGUUUCAAAGACAAUGUAUAUGUUGUUUCCUAUGACUAACCACACGGUGAUCCGAGGGGAGAGAUUUACGUAAAGACAGAGACACGACCCAUACAUCGAGACUACUGCAAGCUACAGAAGACUACAAACGACAGAGAGUACUGUGAAGGGCAGACUCCGGGGCAUGGCCUCGAGAUCAACAAUGGGUGUUGUGUCUCGCAGAGAAGAGGAGCGAGGUGAUGCUCGGUGCUGAGUUCGGCAUGGACCGACAUAGUAUCGUUGAGAGUUUUAUUCUACAUUCAUCAUGACAGAAGAAGUAUCGCUCAAAGUUAUUCUACACUGAGUGCCAGCUCCCACGAGCAGCUGCAGCCCGAGAGAUAGUGUCGAGCAACGACGAGCAAUCAACCGGGAGAAAGGGUGAAAGUCCAAUUAUCGACCAAGCCGGCAUCAUAGAGAACCAGCUGCACACGCAACCAGGCAUCGCCAGAGAGCACGGAGCCGGAGAGAGAGCGCAGCAGCGCCACCGAGCAAGGGUGUCAGCUGCCAGCGGACGAGCGGCGAGCGCUGUCGAGCACCUUCAAAGACAGGCAUCGUGCCGACUCAGCUCAUCCAGCAGGGGAAAGAGCCUGACCAGCCGCCCGUGAGGAAGAGGAGAGCGCCGUGUGGGUUCGACCUACACACACCGACCAGCACCAGCUGUGAACCAAGACAAGAGUGAGGAACGGCGACUAGCAGACGAGCUGCGGGCGCUAUCUGACGACGGAAUCAUCGCGCACCGUCGACGGUGAGCGUCGUGCCGACUCUUCAUCCAGCAGUGGGCAGCAGCUCCAGCUGCCGCCAAGCGAGAGAGAGAGAGCAAGGAAGCUGUGUAUAUGACCCUCCCCCACACUCACAUACCACGUAUCACCCAGCGUCUGCUUGACGCAAAGAAUUGAUCAAGGAGACAAAACCACCAAACACACACAUACCGCACAUACCGGGACUAAUAAUAAGAAGAAGAAUGAUAAGAGUGCGUCAACUAUUAGCUUAUAAUGAAGAACAUUGCUGCCCAUUGAGUCACAUGGAUACGGUCGUUGAGAGGUAUUUUAGUCGUUCUUUUUGUUCAUUUUAACUGUACCGAUUAAUUCAUUGACGAAACUUAACGUUUAGAAACCUAUGUUACGAAUCCACACACUCGCAGGGAGACUUGCGUUGAAAUCUUUCUUUUCAUCACAGAAUCUUGCCUGCGAAUUUAUUGACGCCUUAGCCAGUUGAUAAGCAUUUGCUGAAGCAGGCACACUGCCGCACACCCUUGUUCCGAGACAUUUAGUUAAUUGUAUAAUUUACCAAUGAAUUCAUUGAGGUCUACUUUUGCAAUCGGGACAUGUUUCUUUAUUGCCGUUCGUAUGAAUAUCGUCACAUUUAUUUUAAGGACUGUUUCCUAUCGCCGUAUAUGCUCGUGUUACUCUGAGAAAUGAACCGAUUCCUCUGUUACCCAGUUUAACAACGUAAUCAUUGAGGGUUAAAUGUACGGAUCAAUGAGGAGCACAUCUCCAGGAGUACUGUGUUGACAAUUCCAAGUGUAAUAAAGGACUCUUUCUCAA